UGUGUGUGUGUGUGUGUGUGUGUGCGCGCACAUGUCCACGCUGUGCGUCAGCAAAAGAAAAAAAAUCCAGGCGUAAGCAAGCAGAAGACCUGAGUCAUUCUCCCCGGCAGCUGUGCCCUGCUUAAACAAACAAGCUUUUUACAGAAUCAGCAGCUGCUCUCGUGUCUCUCCAAGCUUGCUGAUUAACGUUCACCGCCAACAAAUUGCCUCCCGUGACGAUAAAGCCUGACGAAAUGAAGCCAAACUUGGACUGAACGUCAGUGGAAAUGGCAACAAAAGGAAAGUCUGCAAAUGUAGCUAUGAACACUAUGAAUCUGACACCCAUAGAAAUUUAAAAGGACAUAAGGAGAAUCUCUGACAAUCGCUUGCUCUGGUCUGAAGAACUCCAUUUGUGACAGGAAUGAGCUUUUUGGCCUGGUUUGAAGCAGACCUUGUCUCCAUUACUCUGGUCUGACUCACUCUUUUGUGUUGGAAUUACCCAUUUAUGUCAAUCAGUCUCGUUCGAAGUACACCCAGUAUCGAUUUGUAUGUAAUUUGGUCUGUUACGAAUGUCACUAUGGAUCAUUUGCUAUGCUCUCAAUUAUACCUCGGCUCAAUUAUUGUGGUCUUAAUCACUCGCCUUUGUUGGAAUAGCUCUAUAAUGUCAUUUGUCAAUCCACCUCUGUAGAUCUGCUUUGAAGGACACCUUGGAUCCAUUAUUCUGGUCUGAUCUGCGCCACGGAUCAUUUGCCCUUGUCUGAAUCACUCCUCAAAUCUCUUGCUCUCAUUGGAAUCCACAUAGAUGUCACUUCAUCUGGAAUCACACAAAGGAUGGACUGCUCUGGUCUCACAUGCUCUUUGAAUCACUUGCUUUCAUCCGAAUUCCCCAUUGGUGACAUUUGGGCCGCUUUGAAUCACACCUGAGCUUGAUUGCUACAGUCUGGAUAACUCUUUAGGCAACAUGCUUUGAUCUGCUUUGAGUCAAUCUAUUGCUCUGGUCCGUCAAGCACCUGAGCUCGACUGCUCUGGUCUGAAUCCGUUAUGUCAUUUGGUCUGGAUUGAAGCACACCUGUCGUCUUCUGCUCUGGCCCGAAUGACGUCUCGCAUUUCUUGAUUUUUCUCGAGUAGCUUCUGAAAGCAUCAAUGUAGCAUGACUAUCAAAUCAAUAAUUGAGGAAAAUCUAUUAAGUCAACACAGUUGCGUUGAUUUACAUUUUUUGACUGACAUGCCCCCAUCGUUAAUCCUCCUUUCGCCACAGCUGCAUAAAAUCCGUCCAAGCGAAAACAAACAUUAUGAAAUAAACCACAGAGUGUGUGUGUGUGUGUGUGUGUGUGUGUGUGUGUGUGUGUGUGUGUGUGUGUGUGUGUGUGUGUGAGAGUAUGUGUGUAUGUGCGCACGCACUCGUAUUCCUGACUGUGUGUCUUGUUGUGGUGGUAAUAAAGUGAAAGAAAUCCACACAGAGUGGGCACAGAGGGCUCAGGUAACAAAGACAGUGUUUCAUUACAUCCCAAAUAGAAGAGAUGGAAAUGUCAUGUCCCAGACUGAACUCGCUGCUCUACACACACGUUACACUAACACAUUCACACAAGCCUCCACGCACACACGUGCACGCGGCCACGCGCACAAAAACUUAAUACAGAAAUAAGACACACGUACAAGAUCCAUUCCACCUCCGUCCACUCGUGAACCCAACAAAUUCCAGCCUAUUCACAAUUCAUCAUCCAGCCGUCGCGCUAACAUCCAUCCAUCACACCUGUGAUCGAGCCAUCAAUCAAGAGACAGACAUGCACACCGGAAGCCUGAGGAAGGAAUGUGAAGUGGACUUUAGCCUCUUGGCAUGAUUCAUGGAGGACAAAAGUGACAUCGUGAAUAGUUGAUGAGCGCAGAGAGAAAAGGAAGACGGGAGGUGUAGAAAGAAAGAGAGAGAAAGAGAGAGAGGGGGGGGGAGGCUGAGAGGAUGAGAGGGAGGGAGGAAGGCGGGUAUCAUCCUUGCUCGCCUCUCCUGCACACGGCUUCAUUAAGGUUGAGCUCGACAAGGGAAAAGUAGUUGGGACGGAGGCAAGAAAGACAGGAAGAGGAACUACAAGGAGAACAAGAGGAAUAAGAACAAGAUGAUUUUUGGGUAAUACUUAGACUAGCACGAUUAACAAAAGCAAACUAGCUGAAACACAUUGCUCCAAAAAUCACCAAGACGAGUGACUACGAGGAAGAACAACAACAAGAAGAACAAGAACUGUAAGAAGAGAAUGAAGGCAAAGAAUUAAAACAAGAAAAGGAAUAAGAGUACCGAGUAGAGGAACAAGAGAAAAAAAAACAGAUGAAAAAGAAGCGUAAGAAGAACUAGAUGAGGAUCAAGAAUAACCGCAAGAACUAAAAGAAAGGGAAAAAGUACAAGUAGAAAAAAAAAGAAAUAGAAGAAGAGAGAAGAACCGGAAGAAAUAGGAUCACAAGACGAAAAUACAGGGAAUAAGAAACUAACGAAAACUACCGGUACACUGACAGAAAAAAAAACUACAAGAAGAAAUAAAAAAGUGAAAGACAAAUAACCAGAACAUGAAGACAUAACGAGAAAAACAAGAACAAGGAACAACAACAACCAGAGAAAGAAUAACUCAAGAGAACUAGAAGGAGAGGACUCAAAAGAACCCUGACAAGAACUCCCACAACGACAACACCAACUCCAAGAACAACUCAAGUAAGUCGAGGCGGGAUGGACCGAUGAGGCGAACGAGUCAUGCCGCGGCUGCCAUGCAGAGAUUAAGCGCUCAGGGGUCGUCGGCGGCGGCGGCGGCGGGAUGCGAGCGGGCGCCCUGCGGAUGGCGGGCGCUGCUGUUGCCUCAGCAGAACCGCCAAUCGCUCUACAUGUACGGAAGCGAGGUGGCCGUGGAGAAGGAGUGCAUGCGGCAGCUGCAAAGCGGGGUCUUUGUCAUCCAUCCGUUCAGCCUCAUGAGGAGCUACUACAUCAUGGGCAUGAUGGCCAUCACCUUCCUCAACUUAAUCGGCAUCCCCAUGGAGAUCGCCUUCCUGGAUGGCACCAGCGGGCUGGCCUGGGAAGGCUUUAACGUCUUCUCAGACACACUCUUCCUCAUCGAUGUGGCGCUCAACUUCCGCAUGGGCAUCAUCAGCGAGAACGGAGAGGAAGCAAUUUUAGACAUCAAGCAGAUCCGAGUGUGCUACCUGAGGACAUGGUUCAUCCCUGACGUCAUCGCUGCCUUCCCCAUUGGAUACAUUCUGCUCUUUGCGGACUUACAUUACCACAGCAAUGACAACCCCUCCAAGACCACCAGGAUGAUGAGGAUCCUCAUGUUUGUGCGCAUCCUCAGUCUCAUACGGCUGGCACGGGUGUCCAGGCUGGUCCGCUUCUUCAAUGAGGUGGAGAAAGUAUCCAAUGCAAACUUAGAGGUGGUGCGCCUGUUCUUCCGCAUCCUGUCCCUGUUCAUGAUGAUCUUCCUGCUGUGCCACUGGAAUGGAUGCAUCCAGUACUUUGUGCCCAUGCUGGAAGAGUUCCCCACAGACUGCUGGGUGCGCAAGGAGAACUUGAUGAAUGCCACGGUCAUCGUAAAGUAUUCCUGGGGGGUCUUCCGAGCCCUCUCGCAGAUGAUCGCGCUCUCUUAUGGAUCCAUGGACGCUCCAACCAAUUAUGUGGAGAUGUGGAUCGUUAUGGUGAGCAUGGUGUCCGGGUGCUUGAUGUACACGGUGCUGGUGGCCAACGCCACUGCCAUGAUCGCCAACAUUGACCCCGCUGCCAAGGAGUACAAGAGCAAGAUGAGCCGCUUGGAACACUACAUGGCCUUUAUGAAACUCCCGCCAGAGCUGCAGUUGCGCAUCACCAACUACUACCAGGCACGCUACGGAGGGAAAUGGUUCGAUGCGAAGGAGGUCAUGCACACUGUGUCGUCCGCCUUAAGGGAGGUAUCAACAAUAAGCCAUCUUCUCCUUUACCCGCCAACCUACACAUGCUGUAGCUCCACUGAACAACUAAACAAUUUCCCUUUGGACUUUUUUUCCCCAGCAAAUACUAACAGUGAUGUGCAGCCGCCUGCUCAGGAACAUGCCAUUGUUCCGGAACAAAGACGAAAAUGUGAUCAUUAGCAUCGUGCAGAGGCUGGACUACGAGGUGUACCAGGAGGGCGACGUCAUCAUCCGGAAGAACGCGCCAGGAGACCGCAUGUUUUUCAUAGAGCACGGCCAGGUGC